GCCGUGCCGAGCCGGGCUGUGCCGAGCCGGGGAGGGAGCGAAGCGGGGCCCGAGGCAGGCCGAGCCGAGCCGCCAUGGCCCUGGAGCUGCCGCUGGCCGAGCCGCCGUGGCCGCAGAGCCUGUCUCCGCUGAAGGAGGUUGAUGACUUGCUGCGGUGUGGGAUAUGCUUCGACUACUUCAGCAUUGCCAUGAUCAUCCCCCAGUGCUCGCACAACUACUGCUCCCUCUGCAUUCGCAAGUUCCUGUCCUACAAGACCCAGUGCCCAACCUGCUCUGUGGCAACCUCAGAAUCUGACCUGAAAAAUAACCGGACCUUAGAUGAGCUGGUGAAGAGCUUUCAGUCUGCAAGGCAGCAGCUGGUGCAGCUGCUCUCGGGGUCCUCCCUGCUCCCAUCUCUGCUGGCCUGCAGCAGGCCUUCAGCUGGCAGCAGCCACGUGGAGAGUGCUGGUGCAGAGGUGCCAGCGGUUGCCAGCAUUGUGAAGAAGGAAGAAGUCUGCACCCCACCAAAGGCAGGGGGCCUGGCGGCAGCACAGCACCAGGGUCUGCAGCCUGAGGGACAGCCCAAGCUCCACAGCAGCUCUGCAGAGCUCCGCGCUAAAGCCAGCCAGGAGGCAGCACCAGGGAGCCCUGAGGGCAGCAAAGGCCACGAGAAGCCUUCCACGUCUGCGGUGAAGGCAGCCAAGAAAGUGGAGUGUCCUGUCUGCGAGGUGGCUGUUCCUGAGCAGUACAUAAACCAGCACCUGGACAGCUGCCUGACCAGAGACGAGAAGAAGGACAGCCUCAGGAGCUCUGGGCACAAGAGGAAGCCCCUGGCCAAGGUUGUGUACAACCUGCUGUCUGAGCGGGACCUGAAGAGGAAGCUGAAGGCGCAGGGGCUGUCCGCCCGCGGCAGCAGGCAGCAGCUCAUCAGGAGGCACCAGGAGUUCACACACAUGUACAACGCCCAGUGUGACUCCCUGCACCCCAAACCAGUUGCAGAGAUCGUCCGGGAGCUGGAGAAGAAUGAGAAGAUCAGGCUGCAGCUGGAGCUGAGCAAACCCACUGACAAUAGCUUGACCUUCACCAAGGACCAGACAGAGGAGGAGAUCGAUGAGAUCCACUCUGGCUAUCGGAGCAAGCACAGGAAGGAGUUCCAGCUCCUGGUGGAUCAGGUCAGUAAGCGGUGGAAGAGAGGUGGCAAGAGGACAGCAGAGAGUGCCCUGGACACAGCAGAGAGAGCUCCAGGCAAAGAAGAUGCUGCCAGAGAGCUGCCAGCAGGCACAGGACACAGGGAAGAGCAUCAGGCAGCUGCUGGCCCUGGAAAGGCCCAGACCCUCCAGAGAGAAACUCCUGAUGGCAGAAGUGAGCCAUGCUCCCUGGAGGAGGUGCAGAGGUCAGCCUCUCCCGAGCUCUCACCCUCCUCUGGUUCAACAAGCAGCUCCUCCUCAGACAUUCUGAGAGACCCACAAGAGCCUGAGACAUGUUCAGCCUGCACUGACAGCAGCAGCUUCCUGGCUCUGGGAGGUAACAAGAGAAAGUCUCAUCAAUCCCACACGCCGAAGAGCAAGAGGAAGAAGAGCUAAAGCUGUGCUGGUGCCAGGCCCCAAGCCCUGCCAGAGGCUCUGCCAGCUUCCAGUGGAUCUGGGCACCUCAUAGCCUGCUGCACUUCCAUGUACCUGCCACCCAAACUGCCUUAAAAUCCCCUGGUUGGUGUGCUGCCAUGGCCCCCCUGCCCUGAGCUGGCACAUGGGGUGCUGGGGUCCUGCUGCAGCCUGGGCUGGCUCUGCUCUGCAGCGUCCAGCUGCACUGCUGUGCUGUGCCCUUGCUAGUGAAGGGCACUGGGCCACUGUUCCUGCUUCCAUCCCAGGAAGCAGCCACUGACCUGGGCAGAUGCUGGUGCUGCAGAUCCCUGGAUCAGCCCGGGGAGAGGCAGGGAGGGAGCCGAGGGCUGGGGUGAGCUUUGCUCUGCAGCAGGCUGCUUCCUCCGGGGUCCUGUCUGGGUGACACUGCCCCAGGGCACAGCCAUGGCUGCUGAGGGUGCUUGGGCCUGAAGGGUUCUGGCUCUGGAAGGUCCUGGCUGCCCUGGGGAGAUCUGUCAUGAAAUAAAGCAGUGGCACAAAGCGAAA